AUGAAAACUUUCAAAAGCAACGGUCGAAGUCCACCACGACCAUUAACUAAAAUACAGGAAGAGGCGCCCAAGGUGUCAAUUGAAGAAGUGCUGCAGGCAGCAGAGAGCGGCAAUGUGGAAGAUUUCAUGCGUUUGUAUAUGAGUGAACCAACUCGUCUUACUGUAAAAGAUGCUCGCGGAAGGACACCUGCUCACCAAGCGGCAGCAAGAAACCACACAAACAUCCUCCUAUUUAUCAACAACUAUUCUGGAGAUUUAAAUAUUCACGCCAUCGAAUUUCUUCUGCAACAGCAUGUCGAUACCGGAAUUUUAAAUGAGAAGACCCAAGCUCCCAUACAUUUAGCUACCGAACUAAACAAGGUAUCCGUUUUACAAGUCUUCGCCAAGUACAAGACUGAAUUUAAUGUUGAUCUUGGUGGUGAACAUGGUCGUACUGCUCUGCACUUCGCAGCGAUCCAUGACCACGACUUAUGCGCACAGAUAUUGAUCACGGAUUUGAAUUCGGAGUGCAACCGCCCAUGCAAUAAUGGCUACUACCCCAUUCACGAAGCAGCAAAGAAUGCCUCCUCAAGAACAAUGGAAAUAUUUCUUCAAUGGGCGGAAUCCAAGGGAUGCACUCGUGAACAAAUGUUAUCGCUCUACGAUAAUGAAGGAAAUGUUCCUCUUCACUCCGCUGUACAUGGGGGCGACAUUAAGGCUGUCGAACUAUGUCUUCAGUCUGGAGCAAAGAUUUCUACACAACAACACGACUAUUCUACCCCCGUACAUCUAGCAUGUGCCCAGGGCGCACUUGAUAUUGUAAAGCUUAUGUUUACAAUGCAACCAGCAGAGAAAAUGCCAUGUCUCAACUCAUGUGAUGUUCAAAAAAUGACACCAAUACAUUGUGCUGCCAUGUUUGAUCACCCUGAUAUUGUGAACUACUUAGUGUCUGAAGGUUCAGAUAUGAAUCCACUGGAUAAGGAGAUGCGAUCUCCAAUAUUACUUGCCGCUUCAAGGGGUGGUUGGAGAACAGUUCACGUGCUGAUACGUCUUGGUGCCGAUCUAAAGUUAAAAGAUAUAAACAUGAGAAACGUUCUACACUUGAUUGUAAUUAAUGGAGGCCGGCUUGAGGAGUUUGCAAAGAAUUGCCAAGAACACUGUGAGCCAAGCUUAGAAAUGCUUUUGAAUGAAAAAGAUAAGACUGGUUGUUCUCCUCUGCAUUACGCAAGUCGCGAAGGACAUAUUCGAUCGUUGGAAAACUUAAUUAAACUUGGGGCUUGCAUAAAUCUCAAGAAUAAUAAAAACGAAAGUCCUCUACACUUUGCAGCAAGAUAUGGCCGUUAUCACACCGUUUGUCAGUUGCUCGAUUCUGAGAAGGGUACGUUUAUAAUUAAUGAAAGUGAUGGCGAAGGUUUAACACCUCUACAUAUUGCAUCACGGGAGGGGCAUACAAGAGUAGUUCACUUAUUGCUCAAUAGAGGCGCGCUCCUGCACAGAGACCACAACGGCCGUAAUCCGCUCCAUCUAGCGGCAAUGAGCGGGUACACUCAAACCAUUGAGCUUUUACAUUCUGUGCACUCACACCUGUUAGACCAAGCUGAUAAAGAUGGCAAUACACCGUUACAUCUAGCUACUAUGGAAAAUAAACCAAACUCAAUUGCUCUAUUAUUAUCAAUGGGGUGUUGCCUGAGUUACAAUUCUCUUGAUAUGAGUGCCAUUGACUAUGCUAUCUAUUACAAGUUUCCUGAGGCCGCCCUCGCCAUGGUUACUCACGAGCACAGAGCCCAAGAAGUAAUGUCUCUAAGAUCUGACCGCCACCCUUGCGUGACAUUAGCUCUUAUUGCGUACAUGCCUCGUGUAUUUGAGGCUGUUCAGGACAAAUGUAUAACGAAAGCGAACUGCAAGAAAGAUUCAAAAAGUUUUUAUAUAAAAUACACCUUCUCUGCUCUGUGCCCUCCGAUUAUAAUUGACGAUGUCAAUAAGAAGCCAGAUGUUUUUGUAAAAUCACCAUUGCCUGUAAUGAACAUUAAGUACCGCUUCAGAUACUACCAACACACGAAACUUGAAAUUGCAGCGCUGAGACAGGCGCUAGACAACCCCAAGUUUCGCCCCGAACCGUUGUGUGUUAUCAACGCUAUGGUGGCGCACGGUCGGGUCGAACUGCUGGCUCAUCCUCUAAGUCAAAAAUAUCUUCAGAUGAAAUGGAACUCAUACGGAAAAUACUUUCACUUAAUGAAUUUGCUAUUUUAUUGUAUAUUUCUUGUUUUUAUCACCCUCUAUGGAUACCUUCUUAUGAGAAACACAACUGAAUUUGAGAAACGAUCACUUCUAAUGCGAAACGCCAGCGUUGAGAAUCACACAUCAAUGUUUAAGAAUUUUUCGAGGCUGUCUAAAAACUUUACGUUUACAAACUUCACUUCACCAUAUGAAUCAGAUAAAAUAACCAUAUUCCCCUUUACAAUUGCUUUUGAGUCAAUGGUAGCGUUUUACACGUGCACUAUGGCAAUCCGCGUCUAUACUUGUAUUUAUUUUGUUUGGGAAAUUUAUAACAUUAAGCAACAGAAAUGGCAUUACUUGGCUGAUCCUGCAAAUUUUGUGUCCUGGAUUUUGUACGUGAGCUCAUCAUUAAUGGUCUGGCCUUCUGAAUCCUCUGAGAACUUACAGUACUCAGCCGCGUCACUGACUAUGUUCUUAUCAUGGUUCGAACUUUUAUUGCUUUUACAACGGUUUGAUCAAAUUGGAAUCUACGUCGUCAUGUUUUUGGAAAUAUUACAGACUCUUAUAAAAGUGUUAAUGGUUUUUUCAAUUUUGAUUAUUGCAUUUGGACUAUCUUUCUACGUGCUCCUGUCAAAAGGUCACCACCUUUCAUUUAACAGUAUCCCAAUGGCACUGAUGCGCACCUUUGCUAUGAUGUUAGGAGAAAUCGAUUUUGUGGGAACAUACAUCCAGCCCUAUUAUAACACAGAGUCGCAGACGGACCUUGUUCUACCGUUUCCUUUGAUGACUUUCUUUAUGCUUGGCCUGUUCAUGGUGUUUAUGCCGAUUCUUCUAAUGAACCUGCUUAUCGGUUUGGCGGUUGGUGACAUCGAAAGUGUGAGACGGAACGCUCAAUUGAAACGGCUGGCUAUGCAAGUAGUACUACACACCGAGCUCGAAAGGAAAUUACCAGCAUUUUGUUUGGAGAAAGUUGAUAAAAACGAAGUAAUUGAAUAUCCUAAUACGAAUCACUGCAAACUUGGUUUCUUUGAGACUUUACGUAAAUGGUUUACAAACCCAUUCUCUGAAGAUGCUACUUUGGACAUAGUACUUGAAAGUAACGAGGAUUAUGUAGCAUCACAGUUAGAAAAACAAAAAUAUCGACUCAGGGAAAUGAAUCACUUAAUGGAACAACAGCAAACACUUCUACGACUCAUCGUACAAAAAAUGGAGAUAAAAACAGAGGCGGACGACGUAGAUGAAGGAAUCGCACCAAAUGAGAGCAGAUUCCUUCCCCGUUGGAACUCUCCAAGAUUUCGCAAGAAACUGCGACCCGGCUCUUCCUUUAACAAGGGAAUUUGA